CCCGCCCGGGUCGGGCACUGGGGCCCGGUCGACAUGAACCCGGUGGUGCUGGUGCACGGCGGCGGGGCCGGCAACAUCUCCCAUGACCGGAUCGAGCGGGUGCGCCAGGGCAUGAUGAAGGCCGCCACCGUGGGGUACACCCUCCUGCAGGAGGGGUGCAGCGCCGUGGACGCCGUGGAAGCGGCCGUGGUGAUCCUGGAAGACAGCCCCGAGUUCAACGCAGGUUGCGGGUCUGUCUUGAACACCAAAGGUGAAGUGGAAAUGGAUGCCAGCAUCAUGAAUGGGAAGGAUCUAUCCACAGGAGCUGUGUCCGCUGUCCGCUGCAUAGCGAACCCCAUCAAACUGGCCCGACUGGUUAUGGAGAAGACGCCUCACUGCUUUUUGACCGGCCAAGGUGCAGCGGAAUUCGCAGCGCACAUGGGGGUUCCAGAGAUUCCGGCCGAGCAGCUGAUAACAGAGAGAAGCAAGAAACGCCUAGAAAAAGAGAAACAUGAGAAAGGGGCUCAGAAACCCGACUGCCGAAAAAACUUAGGAACCGUGGGUGCUGUUGCCUUGGACAGCAAAGGAAACGUGGCCUACGCCACCUCCACCGGGGGCAUCACAAAUAAAAUGGUUGGCCGAGUUGGGGACUCACCAUGUGUAGGAUCUGGAGGUUAUGCUGACAACAACAUUGGCGCCAUUUCAACAACGGGGCAUGGGGAAAGCAUCCUGAAGGUGAAUCUGGCCAGACUCACCCUCUUCCACGUAGAACAAGGAAAGACAGUAGACGAGGCCGCUGAGGUGGCGUUGGGCUACAUGAAAACGAAGCUCAAAGGCUUGGGGGGCGUCAUCUUGGUCGACAAAGCAGGAAACUGGGCAGCCAAGUGGUCCUCUGACUCCAUGCCCUGGGCCGCCGCCAAGGACGGCAAGCUGCACUGUGGGGUCAAUCAGGAUACCAAUAUCACCGACCUGCCCUAAGCCCUGGAAGACUGUACUCUAGAUGCUCGCUUGGAGGUGAAGUACAGUCUCCUGCUGUGGAGACUUAGCCUAAUCAAUUAGAUCUAGAAAUGGAAAAUCAUGCAGUCUGUCACUCGUUUUGUUGCCUGAUCAAUAAGCAUCUGAACAUGUUGCUGAGGAGUGAAUUCGGAGGUAAAGAGAGAAACGCCUGUAUUAAGAUCAAAAUAAGACUAGGAAAGGUGACGGCUCUGCCGAGCCUUUCUCCUGAGUAGGCCCCAGGGUCUGAGGCUGGAAGGAAGGAGCGACAUGACCUAACACAGCAGAAGCUGCCGCAGGGCGAGAAGCACCUUUGGAACUGGGGGGUCCGCAGCAGUGACAGAGCUGUCCACGGAAAGGUGUGGGGAACCCAAGAAGACGGCGCCCCCAGGGCCCAGGGAAGGGACAGGGAGGGAGGGAAAAAGGAGUUCGAGAGUAAGAUGGGAGCAGUGGCUAAGACUCCACGGAGCAGCCCUGCGAGAUACCGCGGUUCACUGAGUCAGAAGCAGCUCGGGUGAAAGACUGAGGGGAGGAGAUGAUUUUUCUAAGAAAGCUCCGAUCUUCUCUGAUGUGCUAAUCUAGACGUUUCCACGUGACCUAGCUCCCUGACCUGGGGAUGAAAUCAUAGCUGGGACUGCAGAAAGCUGGGUUUUGACAGGCUCACACCUGAGCCUGCUCACCUGGGCAGUGAGAGUCACUGCCGCAGCCCCUCCGGCCCUCAUGGUGAGAAACAGGGCCCCUCCUUCAAUGUAGAGAGGACCCCAGGGCCUGAUGCAUUCUCGUGUGGUCCAGGCCCCCCUGAACUGGGUGUGGUCAGCAUGGUAAGAAAGUCAUUUCCUUGCCGGAGAGUAUUCCUAUUAACCUCACUUUGCACUGGAAAUGGUGUUUCUGCUGGGACGUACCUGCUCAUUUCUUUAGUCUGUCAGGGUUUAACCUUCUCUCUGGAAAGAAAUUGCUUAACUUUAAAUUCCACGUGCCACUAAUAAAAUGUAUUUUGAAAGAUGAACAGUGUGGUUAGGAGUC